AUGUCUGAUCAAUUCAGAUAACAGCUCUUAACCAUUCAGACUCUGUAUAAUACUUAACCAUUCAGAGGCAAAUCUCUUAACCAUUCAGACAUCUGAACCAUUAAGAGGCUGAAACAAACAGUCUGAACCAUUAAGUGCUGAACCAGUAAGAGGUCUGAACCAUUAAGAGCUAGUAUAUUGCUUAACUAUUCAGAGGCAAAUGUCUGAUCAAUUCAGAUAACAGCUCUUAACCAUUCAGACUCUGUAUAAUACUUAACCAUUCAGAGGCAAAUCUCUUAACCAUUCAGACAUCUGAACCAUUAAGAGGCUGAAACAAACAGUCUGAACCAUUAAGUGCUGAAUCAUUCAGAUAUCUGAACCAUUAAGAGGCUGAACAGCCCCUAAAUAACUCUAUAUAAAUUCACAGUCUGCCCUAAUCUGACUUGCAAUCUGUCGAGCACCAAAAAGUCUAAAACCCUAUCGCCUCCGCUUCAUUCGUGCUUCUUCUCUCAGAUCUGCGGCCAACUUCGGAUCUGAUCCCAUGGGCUCCAGGAAGCAGGAUUUCGGAAAUGGCGCUAGCCCAGGAAAAAUUUUCAUUGGAGGUCUUGCGAAAGAUACAACAUUAGAUCAAUUUGUGAAGUACUUCGGGAAGUAUGGAGAAAUAACUGACUCUGUUAUCAUGAAAGAACGCAACACAGGAAGACCCAGGGGAUUUGGGUUCAUUACAUAUGCAAAUCCCUCUGUUGUUGACACUGUUAUUGCUGAGACUCAUAUAAUCAAUGACAAACAAGUUGAGAUAAAGAGAACCAUUCCCAAAGGAUCCUCUGAAUCUAAGGAUUUCAAGACAAAGAAAAUCUUUGUUGGAGGCAUUCCUACUUCCAUAUCUGAAGAUGAGUUCAAGGAUUUCUUCUCCAAGUUUGGGAAAGUGGCUGAACAUGAAAUAAUAAGAGACCAUGACACAAAGCGGUCCAGAGGCUUUGGAUUUGUUGUGUUUGACAAUGAGCAAGUAGUGGACACUAUAAUGGCUGAUGGUAAAAAGAUUGAUAUGAUGGGUACCCAGGUUGAAAUCAAGAAAGCAGAACCAAAGAAACCCUCAAACCCUGCACCUGCUCCCGCUUAUGGUAGUAACACUAGGGGUCGUGGUUAUGGCGAUAGCUAUGGUGGAGUUGACAGUUCUUAUAGCAGUUUUGGUGGUGGAGGCUUUGGCCCUGCUGCCCCUUAUAGGUCUUUUGGUGGUGGUCUUGGAGGUAGGUUUGGUGAUUAUCCAUAUCCUGCCAGUGAAUUUGGGAGUCGCUAUGCUGACUAUGGCCCUAGUGAAUUUGGUGGGUACCGGGGAGAGCCUCCAAUCGGUGGCUACUCUAGUCGCUUUGGCUCUUAUGGUGGUGGGGGUGGCGGCUAUGGUGGGGGUUAUGGUACUGGUGGGCUAGGUGGUUAUGGGCGUGGAGGUGGUUAUGGAGGUUAUGGUGGGGCUGGUGGGGCUGGUGCAGGUGCCGGUUAUGAUUCUGGUCCUGGUGCUGGUUAUGGUGGACCAGCAGGCUUGUAUGGAAGUAGGGGAGGCUAUAGUGGCGGUGGUCGUUAUCAUCCUUAUGCCAGGUAGGUGGUUCUAUUAAGCAAGCCUUCACCAUAGAUGAGAUCCCACUCAGGUUAUUGCAACCCUAUCAAGUCGAGAGUAGAUAUUCAGAGCACUAGCAAAGGGAUAUGCUGUAACAGUGGAAGAACCAUAGUGUUUGUUUCAAUCUGUUUGUGUCCUAGAUGAACCUCGUUUUUAGAUGUUUUUCAUGGUAGCGCAUGUGCUUUGUCUGUCUACUAGUUAGACGUUCCUUCUGCAAUGAAGUAUUGAGUCGGUUAGAACUCACUGGAGAGGCUGUUUUGACUGUAUUUCUUAGGUGGAUUCCUUAGACAUUUAAGUACUAUUUAUGUUGUGAUAUUGUGGCUUUAUUUAGCUAUCCUAAGCAAGGAUUGUAAGUUUAAGUACUCCAUUUUUUCCUCGUAGAACAUGGGGAUGUUAGAUGUUCUUUGGGAUCUCAUGGCUUCGGUUAACUAUUGUGUGGUUACAUUAGACACCAUUUCUACGUAUAGGGUUUCAGUGCCCAUCGAUCUCAGAGUUUCAGUAAGCAUGAAAUUAAGGUUUCAUUUUCAUAGUAUCUCUCCCUCAUCUACGUAAACUGCAACCUUUAUUUUCCUCAAAACAUUUUCAAGGACAAACUUAUGUUUAGAUGUACUAAGACUUAUUCUAAGACUAAUUUAGAUAUUUUUUCCCAAGUGAACUGCCUUGUAGAUCGAGCUUUUACCAGCCUUGGCACUAUAAGCUUCUUCUUUCUCGUUCUCCUUUCUUCUAAUCCUUCAUGAUUGCAGGGUUGAGCAACGGCUGACUAACGAUUUAUGUUUCUUCAACCGCCCCCUCUGCCCUCUACCGGGAUGGGGGAGGGCUUUGAAGUUGAAGAUUUGGCUACUACGAUAUUGUGAUUUUUUUUUGAUUUUUUUAAAGUUGGUAUGCUUGUGAAAUUGUUUUCAUGUUGUAUGAUAAUGAUUUGCUCGUAGAUAUAUACUGGGUAUAUCCUUUUUGUCACUGUAUUACUUGCUGAUUUACAAAAUUGUUCAACUGAAUAUAAAAUUAUUAUAUCACCAUUAACUUAGUCCAUAAUUAUAUCUUGAAUAAAAAUUGUGAAUUGAU